AUGGCGCAGUGGCGCGUGUUCUUAGGACACGGAGAGGAGAAGAAGAAGAAGAAGAAGAAGAAAGUGGCAAAGUUUAGCCAAGCAGACGUCAGCCCGCGGGGACCGCCGCCGUGUCCCCUGGCACUGUCUAACUCCCCUGUUCCCAUCUCUCUGGUAUUAGGACACGGCGGGGUCAACCAGCUGGGAGGGGUGUUUGUAAACGGGCGCCCCCUGCCAGAUGUGGUACGGCAGAGGAUCGUGGAGCUCGCACACCAGGGUGUGCGGCCCUGUGACAUCUCCCGGCAGCUGCGUGUCAGUCAUGGCUGUGUCAGCAAGAUCCUGGGCAGGUACUAUGAGACAGGCAGCAUCAGACCAGGAGUUAUCGGAGGAUCCAAACCAAAGGUUGCUACACCCAAAGUUGUUGACAAAAUUGCUGAUUAUAAACGCCAAAACCCCACCAUGUUUGCCUGGGAGAUCAGGGACCGGCUGCUGGCCGAGCGAGUGUGCGACAACGACAGCGUACCGAGCGUCAGCUCCAUCAACAGGAUCAUCCGAACUAAAGUGCAGCACCCGGCUGGGCAGCAGGGCUCCCUGUCUGCACACAGCAUAGCCUCCACGGUGGCACCAACUCAGGUGUCUGUGGUGACCAGCGACACGGCCGGCUCCUCCUACUCCAUCAGCGGCAUUCUGGGAAUCAGCACGGCUGCCGAGGCCAGCAAGCGCAAGAGGGAGGAAGUUCUGCAGGAGUCCACUCUGGCCAAUGGCCACUCCCACCCAGGGCGUGACUUCCUGAGGAAACAGAUGAGAGGAGAUCUCUUCGCUCCACAGCAACUGGAGGCAGCAGACUAUUCUACCAUGGCCAACCUGGCUGGGGGUCUUGGGGAAAUGAAGACCAGCCUUGCUAACGCUGGACCGACGGACCUGGGUGCAAGCGUCGCGGGGCCACAGCCGUACCCACUGGUGCCAGGUCGGGACCUGGCCAGCACCACACUCCCGGGGUACCCGCCUCACGUGCCCCCUGCAGGACAGGGCAGUUACUCGACCUCCUCCCUUACCGGGAUGGUGCCUGGCAGUGACUUCUCCAAUGGCCCCUAUUCCCACACUCAGUACUCCACCUACAAUGAGUCCUGGAGGUUCCCCAACCCAGGCCUUUUGGGCUCUCCAUACUACUACAGCACAGCCACGCGAGGCCCGGGUCCUGCCACUGCUACAACUGCCACCUAUGACCGCCACUGAUUCUGCCAGCUGGAAGCAGAGGGGAGGCAUGGAGCGGGAGGAGUAGGAGGAGCAUGAGGAAGAACGAGCGCCUGUGUUGUCCUGCAGAGGGCUGGGGUGGGGAGGAGAAAGGCCUUCCUCCUGAAUUUGUACGAGUGGCUUCCUUUCCACGGGACCAGCACCUAAGAGCUGUGAGCCUGGGGUCUUAACACACGGCUCCUAUCCCCCACCAUGACCCGCUAACAUGGGAGCGAACUGCAAAGUGAAGGACGCACAAGAGCAUAAACCCUCAGAUGGACUUAUGAAGAGUCGGCAACAGGUGACUCCGUUGGAGUCGCAUCGGAUGUACCCCAUGAGGAGGUUGUGCUUCACACCCAAGGAAAUAUAUUUAAAAAUACAAUCAUUAUUUGAUAUUAUGCUUUCAUUUUUAAUAUA